UUUGCGACGGGGGCACUUCCACCACAUAUCAAGCCCAAUCCUCGCAGCACACGGGAUUGCAUAUACCUUUAAGAUGUCAUCACCAUUUCUGACCCCCGGAUCGCACUCGCAGCUCGACCAGCUUGCCCUUCUUCACCUCCGCAGAGACCAAGCCAUCCCGACAGUCCUUCAACUCCAAGACGAAGACAAUGCAGGCUACAAGGAGGGUAAAGUAACGACCACCCGCUUUGGUUCUUUCCCGCACACUACCCUUACGGGGCAACCAUGGGGCUCCCAGAUCAUCGCCUCGAAAGUCGACACGGGCUCUCGCCGCGGCCGGGGCCCGCAGAAGAAGAACCGACAGUUAAAGCGCAAAGCGGACGACCUGGAUUCCGCCACCACCACACCCGCCGAGGGGGAGAAUCAGUCGUCACCGCAAGCCGCCGUUGCCGCGUCCAGCGGAUUCCUCCACCUCGUCUACCCGACCCCGGAGCUGUGGACCAUGUCCCUGCCGCACCGUACCCAGGUCGUCUAUACACCCGACUACAGCUACAUUCUGCACCGACUGCGCGCGCGCCCCGGGAGCUCGAUCAUCGAAGCCGGCGCGGGUAGUGGGUCGUUCACACAUGCAGCCGUGCGCGCGGUCUUCAACGGAUACCCCACGACGACGACGACGACGACAGGCGAGCGCGAGGGCGUGGACGCGGGCCCCUCACCCAAAAACCGACGACUCGGCCAGGUAUCUAGUUUUGAAUUCCACGAGCAGCGUGUGGGCAAGGUUCGACAGGAGCUGAGGGAACACGGGCUGGAGGGGCUGGUUCACGUCACGCAUCGUGACGUCUACCAGGAUGGGUUCCUGGUUGGAGACUCCAAGACAGGCACGUCUCCCAAGGCCAACGCGGUGUUCCUGGAUCUGCCUGCCCCCUGGCUUGCGUUGAGACAUCUCGUGCGGCAUCCCCCGUCUGGAGCGGAGUCGCCUCUCGACCCCACCUCGCCUGUGUAUCUGUGUACGUUCUCCCCCUGCCUGGAGCAGGUGCAGCGGACCGUUAGCGUGUUGAGACAGCUGUCGUGGCUGGAUAUCUCCAUGGUGGAGGUCAACAACCACCGGAUCGACGUGAAGCGGGAGAAGGUGGGGUUGGAGUUCGAGAAGGUUCGCGGUGCGGUCGUGUUCCCCAAGUCGGUUGAGGAGGCUGUCUCCAAGAUGCGCCACGUCGAGGAGCAUUCCCGGAAAUACCGCGAGUUGCAGCAGCAGCAGGAAGAGGAGGACGGAACCCCGCUUCCGGCGUCGGGAGAUAAGCAAGGAAAGGAAGAAAAGGCGCCGGCGCAGGCGAAGGCUGUCCCCGAAAGUGAGACUCCGGUGGCUGUGUCGGACUUGACGCAGACUUCAAGUGUCCCGUUGUACCAACAAGGCCGCCUGGUCCAUCGCACGGAAGACAAUCUGAAAACGCACACCUCCUACCUUGUCUUUGCCGUCCUACCGCGUGACUGGACGGAGGAAGACGAGCAGAAAUGUCGGGAAAAGUGGCCCCCUCACCAGGUCGAUCAGCCAAUGCAGACUGAGAAGCCUAAGGGAAGAAAGCAGCUCAAGCGUGAGCAGCUACAGAAGGAGGAGGCUGAGGAGAAGCAGCAGCAGCAGCAGCAACAACAACAACAAUAACUGGGUGAUGCAAGAGAGGAAACAGCGAAUGCCCC